AAACACUGUGCUCAAGCUAGGGAUUGGUAUCUGACUAUGCCACAGCUUAGGUCCUGCACUUGGCUUUCAGAUACAAUCAGUUUAGCUGUUGGUGUCUUUGCCUAGCCCUUCGGCACUCUUUCGUCUUCGUGAUAUUUGGUGGCGUGUGUUUCUUAACCAUACACGUGCCGAUGAGGCGUUCCCUUCUGCGCUACAUUAAGCGUAUCUUGUAACGGGGAGAACUCGGAUACCUGCAAGCAAGCGACCAGCGCACCUUAACUGUAGGGAAUGUUCCCUAGGCCGAAAUCCACCGGCAUCAUGGGGCAACGGUUAGCUGCUGCUGCCCCUCUGGCACUUUUCCUUUGCUUGCUCGGCAUAUGUUCGUAUGCUGGUCGUGACCAGUUGAAUGCCGCGAUUAAAGCGUCUGGCGUGUUCAUCGCUGCUCAGUUUGGACAAGGCAAGCCCAGCGCAGUAGCACCAGCAACGCAGAAAGGCACUGAAACCCUGGCCAAGCUGCCUGCAGCGGUUGAGGCUAAGCCAUCUGAUCAGUUGCCAAAAAUUGAGCAGAAAGUGGUCCCUAAGGAACAGGCAGCGACCCCAAAGGUCCUUGUUGAGAUUGACAGCAAGGGAAAGAAGAUGCAGAUCUUGGACGUGCCCAUUCCCGAAGACUGCUACCCACAACAGCAUGCCGACUACGCGGGCGAUGCAGUGGUGUGGGGUCUGGGCCACAAGCAGGCCUCCGCAGCGGACUGCUGCGCCGCCUGCAAGGAGCACCAGCGGGCACACCCCAACGACCGGCCCUGCAACAUCUGGGUGUGGUGCGGUGAUCCCAGCGGGAUCUGCUGGACCAUGGACAUCCACAACCACACAACGGGCGACUGCUGGCUGAAGCACCAGGCCAAGUGGGACAACAACCCCGACCGCUCCAAGUCCAACUUGGAGGUCAACCACGAGGGCAAGUUCUCUGCGGAGUUCCGCAGCGUGCACAAGACCUCCCCCGAGCUGGUGCCCUGGGUGGCGGGGGUGAUCCCGGCGGGGGUCAACAAGCCAGCUGCCGCUGCGGGGAAGCAACGGAUGCAGCGGCUGCGAAGGGGCGUGUGAUUACUUCGCUCAUCAAGGGCUGCUAGGUGGAGGGGGUCGCAUACAGAUUCUGGCACUGAUCGUUGAUCGAUGCAAAGGCGUGUAGCCCCGGUAGUGAAUUCGGUGCAUGUGCUCCGCUGGGAUGCAGCAAUUGGACGGGGUGAGCGUGGAAGGACGGUUGGCUCGGGUCCUCGUAAACGCCACAUCCUAGAUCGCCCCCAUUGAGCCUUUCAACUACUGUGAUCUGCCGCUUAGAGAUGAACAUACGCAUAGCAUAGGAUGACCUCUACUGCCGAGGCAGCCUUACAAGUUAAUGGUCUGGCAUAGCUUGCACGCACCAAUAUCACGCUAGGGGGUUGUCCGCAUGCUCGCUAGCUGCAGGAGGGAGCGAUGGGAGAGGGAGGGGUAACGCGGGAUGGCGGGGAGCGGGUGAAGGUCGCGAUUGUGGUAGGAGAAAGAAUGGAGUAGAGCGUUACGAGGAGUUGGGCUUAUGCGGUAAUGGGUAGCGCUUUGUGGGUGAGGCGGCUCUUUUGAAAGCGCUCGGUAUGUGGCGCGCGGAGGAAGUGGACAGCAAAGGUGACAUUGGUGCCCUUGAGAUGGGGCCAGGAAUGGGUUGUCCAUAGGCUCUAAGGCUUGCGUCUUACGCCCAUGAAUAGGGGCCCUUGCCUGCAGCACCUAGCUACGAACAAGCUACCCAGGAAC